CACGACCUAUUCAGUGGAGUAUAAACUUAAAGCCUCUUUAUACAAAAGAUAUAUGCUUCUCUCUCUCUCUCUCUCUCUCUGUCUCUCUCCUUCAAACCCAAAUAAUCUCAAUCCCUUUUAUUCAUCAUCGAGAGCUUAUUACUUCUUGUGCUGCACCCAAUGAUCACCUCAAUCAUCGCUAUAUUUAUAUUCUUCAUCUCUUCCUCAUCUCCUUCCCUUCAUCAACAGCAACAACAAACUUAACUCUCUCUUUAUCUCUGUCUCUCUCUCUCUUUCUCAUUUCCGUAAAAAAUGGCUUCUAAAUCCACUUUCUUCCUUUUUGUUUUGCUUCUUUCUCAGUUUCUUCCUUCUCAACCCACGCCCUCUACUAACCAGCUUCAGUUCUUCAUGUUAAUGAACAAAACUCUCUCAGGGAAUUCUUUAUCCAAUUGGGAUAUGUCAGGGGGAGGGAAACUACCACUUUGCAACUUCUCCGGUGUCGGCUGCAAUGAAGAAGGCUAUGUUUUCAAGGUUGAUAUCACCGGCUGGUCAGUUUCCGGCCACUUCCCGGCCAAUAUAUGCUCUUAUCUACCGGAGUUGCGCAUCCUCCGGCUCAGCAACAACAGAUUCCUCGGCGAGUUUCCGGAUGGUAUCACAAACUGUUCUGUCCUGGAAGAGCUUAGCAUGGCUCGUCUUUAUCUCACCGGCAAGCUACCGGAUUUCUCUAACAUGAAAUCUCUUCGGAUUCUCGACUUGUCCUACAAUCUAUUCAUCGGAAUGUUCCCGAUGUCGGUGUUCAAUCUCACCAACCUCGAGCUGCUCAACUUCAAUGAAAAUGUGAACUUCAGUUUGUGGAAAUUGCCGGAGAAUAUAUCAAGGUUGACAAAGCUCAAAUCAAUGCUGUUGAUGACUUGCAUGCUCGAAGGGAAAAUCCCGAAAUCGAUAGGAAACAUGACUUCUCUAGCCGAUCUCGAACUGAGUGGUAAUUUCCUGACUGGAGAGGUACCAUCAGAGAUAGGUAUGCUCAAGAAUUUGAAACAGCUUGAGCUUUACUACAACCAGCUCGUCGGAAACAUACCCCACGAAAUCGGAAACCUCACCGAGCUCGAGGACUUAGACAUGUCGGUUAACCGCUUCACCGGAAAGCUUCCGGAGUCGGUCUGCCGGAUUCCAAAGCUCCGAGUCGUGCAGUUUUACAACAACACACUCAGUGGUGAAAUCCCAAGUUGUAUUGCUGAUUCAACAACACUGACUAUGCUAUCACUCUACGACAAUUUUCUCACUGGAGAAGUCCCGAGGAACCUCGGGUAUUCGUCGCCGUUGGUCGUGUUAGACUUGUCGGAGAAUCGUUUUUCAGGUCCACUUCCAACAGAGGUUUGCAACGGAGGUAAGUUGCUUUAUUUUCUCGUCCUGGAAAACUUGUUUUCCGGGGAAAUCCCAGAGAGUUAUGGAAUAAAGUGUCAGUCUCUGAUUAGAUUCCGAGUCAGUUCUAAUCGUUUGGAGGGUAAAAUACCUGAAGGAAUUCUGGGUUUUCCUCACGUUUCGAUCAUUGAUUUGGGGUAUAACAAUCUCAGUGGUACGAUUUCAAGCUCAAUUGUGAAAGCUAGAAACUUGUCUGAACUGUUCAUACAGAGCAACAUGAUCUCCGGUACUCUGCCUCCCGGAAUUUCCAGAGCAAUCAAUCUUGUUAAGAUUGAUCUUAGCAAUAAUCUUCUCUCUGGUCCGAUUCCUUCUGAGAUUGGAAGUCUCAAGAAUCUAAAUUUGCUUCUUUUGCAAGGAAACAAGCUCUGUUUUUCAAUCCCGGAUUCACUCUCUUCAUUGAAAUCUCUCAAUGUUCUUGAUCUUUCCAAUAACCUCUUGACAGGAAAAAUCCCAGAGAGUCUUUCUGAACUGUUACCAAACUCAAUCAAUUUCUCCAACAAUAAGCUUUCCGGUCCCAUUCCUUUGUCAUUGAUCAGAGGAGGUUUGGUGGAAAGCUUUUCAGGUAACCCAGGUCUCUGUGUCUCUGUCUAUUCCAACACUUCAGAUCAGAAUUUCCCAAUUUGUCCACAGAAAUACAAUCGAAAAAGACUGAACUCCAUCUGGGCAAUCGGAAUUUCGCUCAUAAUCAUCCUUGUUGGAGCUCUACUCUUUCUGAAACGAAAGUUCGGAAAAGAAAGAGCAAUGGUGGAACAUGAUGAGACAUUAUCAUCUUCAUUCCUCUCAUAUGAUGUGAAGAGUUUCCAUCGAAUUAGUUUCGAUCAGCGCGAGAUCAUCGAGGCCAUGGUGGAUAAGAACAUAGUGGGACAUGGAGGAUCAGGAACAGUUUAUAAGAUUGAGCUGAGCAGCAAAGAAGUUGUAGCAGUGAAGAGGCUUUGGAGCAACAGAGGGAAAGAAUAUUCAUCACCAGAUCAAGAUGGUAUCUUUUUGGAUAAGGCACUGAAAACAGAAGUGGAAACUCUAGGAAGUAUAAGGCACAAGAACAUUGUGAAAUUGUAUUGCUAUUUCUCAAGUUUGGAUUGCAGUCUCUUGGUCUAUGAGUAUAUGCCAAAUGGAAAUCUUUGGGAUGCUCUUCACAAAGGUUGGGUUCAUUUGGAUUGGCCAAUCAGACAUCAGAUUGCUCUUGGAAUUGCUCAGGGUUUGGCUUAUCUUCAUCAUGAUCUUCUGCCUCCUAUCAUUCAUAGAGAUAUCAAAACCACUAAUAUACUACUUGAUGUUCAUUAUCAGCCAAAAGUUGCAGAUUUUGGCAUAGCCAAGGUUUUACAGGCAAGAGGAGGGAAAGAUUCCACCACCACUGUUAUUGCUGGCACUUAUGGCUAUUUAGCCCCAGAAUAUGCAUAUUCAUCCAAAGCAACAACCAAAUGCGAUGUGUACAGUUUUGGAGUAGUUCUAAUGGAAUUGAUAACCGGAAAAAAGCCAAUGGAGGCAGAGUUUGGUGACAACAAGAACCUCAUAUACUGGGUUUUUAACAAAGUGGACACCGAAGGAGCAAUAGCGGUGUUGGACAAGAGAUUAUCAGGGUCAUUCAAAGAUGAGAUGAUCCAAGUUCUUCGGAUUGCAAUGCGAUGCACUCACAAGAACCCAGCAAUUCGACCAACAAUGAAAGAGGUGGUUCAGUUGCUCAUAGAGGCAGACCCUUGCAGAUUCGAUUCUCGCAGGUCAUCCAAUAAGACCAAAGAAACUUCAAAUAAUAAUAAUGAUAAUAAUGUCACUAAGGUAAAGAAUCAAUUAGAAUUAUAACCAAGUUUUUGGUAGGGCUCAACGUUGAUCAAAGAACUAUAUAUAUAUAUAUAUAUAUACUAGAUAUACUAUAGGACCACGGUCGGUCUCUCUAUAGAGAAAUUGAUUGGGAGACUACUCAUUAUAGAGAACAACUAUUAACCUUCUUUUUUUAUUUUUUGUUUCUUUUUUUUCUUUUUUUUUUUUGUUUCCUAUGGAAAGGUGGCAUGUAGAUUCUGUCCCUGUUCUUCUCUCCAUUUUUUUCCUUUUGUUUCUGCCUCUUGUAAGGACUAAAUAGAAUAGAGUUUAAUCACUAUAAAUAUUGCUUUUAGUGUUAUAUAUACACACAUAAAUAGUAUAUAUAUAUAUAUAUGCUUUCAUAUUUUUUUCAUGGCC